UUCCCCUAAUGUCCCAUCGCCUGGCGCCAAAAUCCCCGAACAUCUUCGUCUCUCACAGACCUCCCAUCUGUCUCUCGCCCUGUUUCACUCUGACUCUUCUCGUCGACGGAAUUAGGGCUUAAUCAUAGCCAUGAAGGACUUCAAUUUCAAGGCGGACAAAGAUCUGGCCAAGGAAUUCCUCUCCACGUUCGCCGACAUCAAUGGAGAUCUCAAGUACAUGAACAUCCUCCAAGAGGUUGCGAACAGGAAGACCCGGGCCGUCCAAAUCGAUGUGGAAGACCUAUUCAAUUACAAGGAUGAAUUUGACGAAUUCGUUAGAAGGGUCAUUGAGAAUACCCGUCGGUACAUCGCGAUUUUCGCUGAGGCCAUUGAUGAGCUUCUCCCGGAGCCCACAGAGCCCUUCUCGGAUGAUGAUCAUGACAUAUUGUUGACCCAGAGGUCUGAAGACAGGAGGGACACUGCGGACGGCGUGGACCCUCGCCAGAAAAUGCCUGCUGAAAUCAAGCGGUUCUUUGAAGUUUACAUCACAGCAACUUCUAAAGGACGGCCAUAUACAAUUAGGGAAGUCAAAGCUUCUUAUAUUGGUCAGCUGGUGAAGAUAUCUGGUAUUAUUAUACGCUGUUCAGAUGUAAAGCCAUUGAUGCAGGUGGCUGUCUAUACGUGUGAAGAUUGUGGUUUCGAAAUCUACCAGGAUGUCUCUGCUCGAGUUUUCAUGCCCCUAGUUGAAUGUCCAUCCAAGCGUUGUGAAGUGAACAGGAAAAAGGGGAACCUUAUCCUUCAACUUAGGGCUUCAAAGUUCUUGAAAUUUCAAGAGGCCAAGAUUCAAGAGCUAGCUGAGCAUGUCCCCAAAGGUCACAUCCCUCGUACAAUGACUGUUCAUUUCAGGGGAGAACUCACGAGAAAGGUUGCUCCCGGUGAUGUUAUUGAAUUAUCAGGGAUCUUUCUUCCUAUUCCUUACACUGGCUUUAGAGCCAUGCGAGCUGGCUUAGUUGCGGAUACUUACUUGGAGGCCAUGUCUGUAAAUCAUUUCAAGAAAAAAUAUGAUGAGUAUGAACUCAGAGAGGAGGAGGAGGAACAAAUUGCAAAAUUAGCUGAGGAUGGUGAUAUAUACAACAAGUUGGCACGAUCCCUAGCACCUGAAAUUUUUGGUCAUGACGAUAUAAAGAAGGCGUUGCUUCUUCUUCUUGUUGGUGCUCCUCACCGGAAACUGAAAGAUGGGAUGAAGAUUAGAGGAGAUCUCCACAUAUGUUUGAUGGGCGAUCCUGGUGUUGCAAAGAGUCAGCUUUUGAAACAUAUUAUCAAUGUAGCACCCAGGGGAGUGUACACAACAGGCAAAGGGAGCAGUGGUGUUGGUCUUACUGCUGCUGUGCAGAGGGAUACCGUGACAAAUGAGAUGGUCUUGGAAGGGGGAGCAUUGGUCCUUGCAGAUAUGGGUAUUUGUGCCAUAGAUGAGUUUGACAAGAUGGACGAGUCUGACCGAACGGCAAUACAUGAAGUAAUGGAGCAGCAGACUGUCAGUAUAGCCAAGGCGGGUAUCACUACGUCGUUGAAUGCAAGAACUGCUAUUCUUGCUGCUGCUAACCCAGCCUGGGGAAGAUACGAUCUUCGAAGAACUCCGGCUGAAAAUAUCAAUCUCCCUCCGGCCCUCCUUUCGAGAUUUGAUCUUUUGUGGUUGAUCCUCGAUAAAGCAGACAUGGAUAAUGAUCUUGAGAUGGCUAGGCAUGUUGUUUAUGUUCACCAGAAGAGAGAAUCUCCCGCUCUUGGAUUCACGCCUCUUCAACCUUCUGUCCUGCGGGCCUAUAUCUCGGCUGCGAGAAGAUUGUCUCCAUACGUUCCAAGGGAUCUGGAAGAGUACAUCGCUAGUGCUUAUUCCACCAUUCGACAGGACGAAGCUAGAACAAAUGCCCCCCAUUCCUACACAACAGUGAGAACUUUGCUCAGCAUUUUGCGAAUAUCGGGGGCAUUAGCAAGGCUCAGGUUCUCAGAAAAAGUGGCGCAGAGUGAUGUGGACGAGGCGCUUAGGCUAAUGCAGAUGUCAAAGUUCUCCUUGUACUCAGAAGACCGGCAAAAAUCAGGCCUUGAUGCUAUAUCCGACAUCUAUUCGAUCCUGCGGGACGAAGCUGCUCGUUCGAACAGGAUGGACAUUAGCUAUGCGCAUGCACUUAAUUGGAUUUCUCGAAAGGGUUAUAGUGAAGCGCAGCUGAAAGAAUGUUUGGAAGAAUAUGCGGAGCUAAAUGUGUGGCAGAUUCAUCCCAACACAUUCGAUAUCAGAUUCAUUGAUGCGUAAACCGAGUGUUUAAAAGCAAGCGGUACCGCAAAUGGAAUAGCAGCUGAUGAUGUGGCGGAUAUUCAUUGGCCUGUCUCUACAGUAUCGUCACCGCACUAGAGUUUAACCGCAAAGUUCGGGUGCAAAAAGGCUGAUUAAUUCUAAGGUUGACUUGAGCAAACAAAAAUUGAUGUAUUCCUUCAUGUCUAAAGGACUCCCCACUAAUAUAUGAUUUUUCUUGCUUAGUUUCGUUCUGUGUCCAUCUUAUGUGGUGUUUGAUUGUCCAAAUUAUGAGGUUAGAUUAAUUUGAUUCACCUUGUUUGGUUUAA